GUGUAUUCGUGUAUUCGUGUACUUCCAAUGUCGAUAACUAAGCUGAUAACCUUUAUCAUUGACACCUUAAUCUUAAGUUUAAUACAUAGUUUAUGUCUUGUAGCUUGCAAACCUAUUAUAUAGACGUAUGUUCAGGAAUAACUGUAUGAGAGCGUGUUUCUGUGAAGCAUUCUGAAAACAUGCCCUUGAGAAUGAAUCUUACUUGGGUACCAAAACAACGCGCGAUCACCUUUCUGAAGAAGGCUUCGCAGCUGUAUCAGGGACCCUGUCCGGAGCUGGCCCGUUACCUGAUGCGAGAGGCUAUGGCAGUGAAGGAGUGUGUUGAAGGAGCUGCCCUACCAGCCCAGGGGAGGGGCGAAGGCGUGUUGCCGGAGCACUGCCAGCACUGCUGGCAGCAGUUCCGGGCCGGCAACAAGCGCGUGCGGCUGCUGCGCGUGCGGCUGCUGCCCAAGCGGCGCACGGCGGCGCGAGUGCACAGCGUCCUGCGCCGGGAGGCCCGGGGGAAACGCCUCAGCCUGGCCCAGUGCCAGCUCCUGCGGCGCUACCGGAGCUCCGCCACCACACUGAUGGUCACGUGCCACACUUGCCACAAGACUACCCGACACAACGGGGUGAAUCGGAGAUUCUUGUUCGCCCAUGCAAAGAACACCCCUCAUGGCCCACAGACGCAUAGAAGCAACUACGGCACCCCCAAAUCGUCGGGCAAAGAGAAGACACCCAGCAUGACACCCAGCAAGAUACCCAGCAUGACACCCAGCAAGACACCCAGCAAGACACCCAGCAAGUCACCCAGCAAGACACCCAGCAAGACACCCAGCAAGACACCCAGCAAGACACCCAGCAAGACACCCGGCAAAACUCCAUGCAAUACACCCAGAAAACCACCACCCCGUCAAGCACCCUGGACGUUCUCCACCCGGAACAACACCCCUUCCCCCAACAAUCAACCCCAUAGAUUUAAGAAGUGGGUCGUGAAGGGUCUCACCCACAUCCUGAACCGGGAUAACAAGCCUGAGAGCAAGACAGGCACGCUGAAGGACUUCCUCUCCUCCCUCUGAGCGCCAGAAUCCACACCAACACACUUCCCUUGGACGACCCUCUGUGUGACACAGGGGGGUGGUCUGACCCACAUGGCCUGAACCGUAAAGGGGUUCACACCAAAGGCUGAAGAUAUGAAAGUUAAGAGUAUUAACUUUAACUCUGCUGCAGGUGUGAAAAGGGUUAAGUUUUGCCCACCAACAGAGCUAUUGCUGGGGCCAGACGGAGACCAGGCAUAGAAGGGCCCCUCUGGAAUCCAAAUGAAGCGGGGGCCCUGAUGUUGAUGUGCGGCUGUCAUUCAGGACCACAGCACCAUCUGUUGAGCCAGAGAGGCAUGCUUUCUUUGAUCUCAUUUAGCUUUUGCUCAUUCAGGUCUCAGAAUUGGUGCAGGAUUUGAAUGGUCAUUUUGGCAAGUGAUCAAGACUGCAAGAGGUAACAGAGUUCUGU